CUCCCCCAUUACCCAAUACCUCUUGCUUCUCUGUGUGUUGUAAAAGUUGUGUGCUGUGUUUUAAGCUCAUAGUGUCGACAUGGUUUGCGAGGAUGAGGCUGUGAUCCAAAAAGUGUGCGAUUUGUACGCCAAAAUCUGUGCCCUUGAAAGCCUCAAACCCUGCAGCCAUGUGGACAGCCUCUUCACAGAGCUGGUGGUCACGUGCAUCUCCCCCACCUCCCAACACUUCCAAAUCUCCUCCCUUUCAACCCCUCUUCAGCAAAUGAGAUCAAAUCUCAUCCGCCUCUGCGCCAACCUCACCUCCACCACCUUCCACAACUACGACCUCGACCCACUUGCCAAUUCCAAGGCACUGAAAUUGGUGUCGCUCGACCCCGACCUAAAGGCGCGGAUGGUGUUCCACACGUGCGACAUCUUGAGCGUCGGGGACGAGUUGAGGAAGUACGAGGUUGUGUUUUUGGCGGCGUUGGUGGGGAUGGAGAAGGAGGAGAAGUUGAGGGUUAUAGAGCAUUUGUGGGAGUUUAUGUCGGAGGGGGCUUAUUUGAUGGUGAGGAGUGCAAAUGGAGGGAGGGCUUUUCUUUAUCCAGUGGUGGAUGAUUGUGAUUUGGUAGGGUUUGAGGUUCUGUCUGUGUUUCAUCCCACAGAUGAAGUGAUCAAUUCUGUCAUAAUUGCAAGAAAAAAGACAAGAUUCGAGGAAAAUGAGGAUGAUCAUCAGCUGAUUAGUACUAUGAAUAAUAAUAGUAACAAUGGUGUUGUGGCUAAUAAGUGCUGUGAGAUUCAGAGCUUCAAUAAUAAUAAUCAUGGAGGACUGAUUGAGGAAUUUGCCAUGGAAGCUGCUGAGCAAUUCACUUGAAUUAUUGUUACUGUGAUCUCAUUAUUUACGGUCAUGAUCAUCUGUAAGUGGGUCUCUAAUUCUGAUUAAGAUUCUGAAAAAUGUGUGUUCCAUUUCAAUAUGGCAACUUUUUUGAGAUUUUAUUUUUGGGUUUUGUUUAUGUUCUUCAGUUAAUUUGGGUCAUUCUUGAAAAUGGACCCUUUUUCUACAGUUAUGUUGUAAUAAUUUUGUGCAAUAAUGCUGUCAUAUUAAUUA